GAAGACCAUGUGCUCAUCCUGGAGAAAUAAAAAAUGGCUAUAUCAAUAUAACAAAUGGCCUAUUAUUUUAUUCACGCAUCAUCUUUUCAUGCAACCUGGGGUACAAAUUAAGUGGUGCAACUUAUGCUUUCUGUGUAGAAAUUGACAAAAAAAUGGUAUGGCAUAAACCACUACCGACAUGUACAGAAAAUACAACCACCACCAACGGCACAACAGCUGCUUCAACACCGACCGUUCCUGCUUCUACUACAAAGCCCCCAACAACUAAGAAAUCCACCUCAUCAAAUCCUCCAGGUACAGAGGCCCCACCAGCUCCACUGAAACCCACCUCAGCAAAUCUUCCAACUACAAAGUCACCACUAACCACUCACAAAGCCACCUCCAAACAUCAUCCUAUGACACAGUCGCUGCUAACUACUCACAAAGCCACCUCAGCAAAUCACCCAACUCCAGAGUCUCCAUUAACCACUCGUGGACACACCUCAACAAAUCAUCCAACAUCAGUGUCUCCACUAACAACUAAUAUCCCCACCUCAGCAAGUCACCCAACUGCACGGUCCCCAACAACUGCUCAAGGAUCCACCUCAACACAUAAUCAAACUUCAGUGUCUCCACUCACCAAUCAUAAACCCACCUCAGCACGUCAUCUCUCUACAGAGUCCUCACCCACCGCUCAGAAACACUCGUCAGCAAAUGUUCAAGCCACAGAAGAACUCACCACAGCUGAGUGCUUAGCCACUGCGCCACCAAAUGCUUCUAAUUCCUCAUCACAUUCUCCGAAACCUGGCUCAGGAAAUCUUCCAGUUACAAAGUGCCCUCUAACUGCUCAGAAUACUACCUCAGCUAAUCUUCCAGCUCCAGAAAUCCCACUAACUGCUCAGAAGCCCCUGUCAGCAAAUGUUUCUGUCACAAAGGUUUCAGGAACAACACAAAAACCACCUAUUUCUAAUGCUCUGCCUACAAAUACCUCACCAGCAGCGCAGAGUCCCACCAUGAGAAAUGCUUCUGCUGCUCAGGCCACUUCAACCACCCACAGAGCAUGCACAGUCAAAGCUUCCUUUACACAGAGACUUCCAACAACACAAAGAUUCACUGCGAUACAUGCCCCAG